UGUCACUUGUCGAUUGUCACGUUCAUGUCUUUCAUUUCCAUUGGAAGUAUUGCAUGAGGAUCGUCCAAUUUGUGAAUAUUUUUAAAAUUUCGUGCUCUUUUGACCCCAUUACUUAACAAGUUCGUAUGAUAAAGUUAAUAAUGAUAUUAUGUAUCGAAGUGAACUGCAUAUUAUAAGCAUUGGCUCAAGGAUAUAUGAAUACAAUUAAGAACAAUAUAAGGAAAUUGACGUAUUUACAAGUGGAAUUACCUAUUUAAUUCAUAACUUUAGUAUAACGAUUACGAUGAGUUUGGCAAGCUGAGGCGCCGGGCGGUGACGGCGAUGGGGUGCUCUCGGAGCUUCAUCACACUAUGUCACUUGUCAUCGACAGAUUAAACGAAGAAAAAGAGCGGUCUCCGUGUUUGGAAGCACAGGACAUCAGCGUAAAGAUGUUUGGGUCACAGCGGCGCAUCGCUCUCGACGUGCUCCUCGUGUGUUGGGGCCUCGGCACCUGGCUCGGGGUCAACGGGCUGUUUGUGCAACUGCCGCUGCUCGUGGAGAGGCUGCCGGAGCAAUGGGCGCUACCCUCCUCCAUGGCGGUGGCCAUUCAGUUUGCAAACAUCGGGCUUCUCAUUUACGCCUGCAUUCGCAAAGUGACUCGAAUAUCGGACGCUUUCUGCAUCUACGGGCUGCUCGGCAUCGGCACGGCGGCUCUGUUCCUAAACGCGUUCCUAUACUCAGAAACCGCAGUGAUAGGCGGAACCGAGAGAUCUAUCGCAUUCCUCGUUCUUACGUUCUUCGUCGCUCUCGUCGGAUGCACGAGCUCGGUAUUGUUCUAUCCUUAUUUGAGACAUUACCGUGAAAUGUAUCUAGCGACGUACUUAGUGGGCGAGGGCUUAAGUGGCUUCAUCCCGUCGAUACUCGCCCUGAUCCAAGGUAUCGGCGGGGAACCGGAGUGCGUUCUAUCCGCAGACAAUUCAACGAUGAACGCAAUAUAUCCGCCCGCUCGAUUCGACUCCAGGAUCUUUAUAAUUUUGCUCGGGCUGCUGUCCGCGCUGAGUUUGACCAGUUUCUGCAUCCUGCACAACUACUCAGGAUUCUCGUCGGAGAGGGUGAAGGAGAGCGCGGCGGCGAAGGAGGAGGAGGCGACGCUGCCGCGGGAGUCGCUGUACCGGGCGAAGUGGGUCGGACUGAUGGCGCUGAUGGCGAGCCUGAACGCGCUGUUCAACGGCGUGAUGCCGUCGGUGCAGUCAUACUCGUGCAUGCCGUACGGCACGCAGGCGUACCACCUGGCGGUGACGCUGGGCGCGAUGGCCAACCCGGUGGCGUGCCUGGCGGGCGUGUGGCUGCGGCCCGUGGCCGGCCGCUGGCUGGGCGCUGCGCUGGCGCUGGCCGCGGCGCUGCUCACCUACAUCCUGGUCACCGCCGCGCGCAGCCCCGCGCCGCCGCUGCACGACCACACCGCCGGAGCCGUCCUUGUGGUGUUCUGCUGGGUGGCAGCGAGCGGGCUGAUAUCGUACGCGCGCAUGUGGGUGUACGGGUGGGCGCGGCGCGGCGGCGCGCGGGGCAUGCGCGUGUGCGGCGCCGUCGGCCAGGCCGGCUCCGCCGUCGGCUCGCUCACGCUCUUCCUCAUCAUCAACUACACCAGCAUCUUCCAGCAGGCGCAGGUCUGCCCUAUGCAUAUAUAGCGGCCUUUGAUCUCUAGCCAAAUCUAGUACAGUGACAUUCGAGUUGAGACGUUGUGUCCGGCGUUGAGGAGAUGAAAUUAAUCGUAGCCGCAGGACGGCGAAGGUCGCUCCGUGCAAUACGACAGACUGCCAACGACCUUAAAAAUGUUUUAAUUGACAAAUAAACGAAGCGUGUAGUGAGUUACCGGUGUAUGUAUGCCUCGUCUUCGAGGCUUAAAGUUUCUUGAUGGUGGUGCAAAGUUUCUACCUUUAAAAUUGUUUGAUGCUUAGCUUUAAGUAGUGAAUUUACAAAACUAGCAGUGAAGAGCAUUGUAUGUGCGUGUUGACAUUACACGGCGAAUGUUGACUGUCAUUGUUAAGGUCUUGCACGAAUUCAGAAUGCAAAAAGUGAAUAUGAAGUGUUAUUGUUAGUUUUUUAGUUUCGUAACGGCCGGAGUGAAGGUUACAAAAAGUUAAUAAUUUUUUGCAAACGUGUUAUGUGCGUCGUAUAUUUAUUUAUUAAAUUUUAUAUUUUUAAAAGAGUGAGUAUAUUUUGUUGGCUGUUGAUUUGAACUUUUUUUAUAUUCUCAUGAAUUCGUGUAACCGAAGCGCUAUGUUUAUAAGCACAGAUGAUAUAAUUUAGGUUUAAGUAGUCAAAUAAUGAAUUCGGGAGCAAUUCAUACGGUACUUGAGUACUAUAUUUAGGUUUAGUGUUUUUGUCGAAACGUCGCGCGACAUACAAAAGUUAUUAGCUGAAGCUAUUAAGUGCGAUGAAUUUAAUUUAUUCAUUUUCAAAUAAUCACGUAUAUUCAAUAGAUCCAAAAUUGUAAAUAGACGUGACGUAUCAGAGAUAUAUAAAUAUCAAAAGCUUCAUUUUUAAUAUUAGGUACUUACAUUUUGUUCCCUAUAAGAGUAUAUUAUAAAAUAGUGUUAAGAAAUUGUAUAUGUGUGACGUUUGAGGGUUUGUGACACACUAAAUGUACUCUAGCGUAGUUGUUGGAACGUAAUAUUAUUGUUAAUUAUUUCAUAAGCUUGAUAUUAUUGGUACGCUUGCUGUGUCUGGUACGCGUCAGGCUGGGAGUGAGAACCCUAGAGUUUAUUUAAGAUGAUAGGAUGUUAAAAAAGGGCUAAACACUAAUAUUCUGGUUAUUAUAUGAUUUUUUUUUCUAUAAACUGUCAUAUAAUAAUAUCGUGUAUUAGGAAGAGACGAAUAUAACAACUGUACGGCACAUUGGUCCCCAAACUGGGACAGCCUGUAUCUCGGGGACCACCUUCCUCUUGUAUACAAUUAUAUUUUAUUUGUUCAUUAUUUUGUUAUACAGCUACAUCUCAUAUUUCGAUUCUGUUUUAACCUUAAUAUUAAGGUAACCAUUUUUUUGUUUACUGCCACAAUGCUCUAUGAAAAAAUUAUUAAUGUUAUAAGAGAAACUACAGAAGAACAGUAUUUAAAUAGAAGUUGAAGACUUAUUAUCAACUGUUGAGCUUAAAAUUUUUCUAAAGUGUGUCAGGCUUUGUUGAUUUAUAGUAAAUAGUUUAACCGAUAAGACUUUACAAAUGUUUGCGAAACUUUACUGGGACGUUUUAAAUUUAUUGUUUAUAUUAUGACUUAAAUAUAAGUACUUAUUUACAUGCGAAUUUUAUUGUUUUUGAAGCUAUUUCGUUUAUUUAUUGGCCGUUUUUAUUCACUUAACUGUCUACUUAAGCUAGUAGAUAUAGUUCUCUGUUUUAUGUAUUUUGAUUUUUUCUAAGAAUAUUGCUCAGAUUAGAUUUAUAUACUUUGAUCCGCUACUAAAUUUGGAUCACUGCCUGAUCUUACAGCAGCGGAUAGUGACAUAUUCUCGUCAAAAUUUCUGGUAUAGCAAUUUUUUGUUGAGGCUUUGAGCAUAGAUAUGAUACUUGUCUUUAGUUAGAGAUAGGUGACGUUAGAUUUUGUUUCAUCAUGUUAUUUCAACUGAGUUGAAAUUUGUAUUUUAUAUCGUCAUAAAGUUUAUUUUUCUGUCGAAUACAUCUUUUGUUUAAAUUAUACUGUAGUUAUACAACAUUUGCAGCGCAAACCAAAUAGUGCAAUAUCAUUUAUUGAGUCGUGUUAAUGUCUCUUAUAAUGUUUGUAUCGCCAAGUAGAAUUCGGUGCUGCACUUAUCUCUCUUUAAGUAAAGGAUAUAUUAAAUUAACAUUGCAUAAUCAGAGUGGUGCCUCCUCAGAUAUAUGUUACAUAUUGAAAUAAACUCUAAAGGAAAAAUAUUAUUUAUCAAUGGAUAUAUUAAAAAAUCAUUCUGUACGUAAUACCACGGAUAAUAUAUUAAGAAGCAAGGUAGAAGCUAGGUAAUACCAUAGUAUAAUGAGAAAGUAGGAUAGCUUCAUAAAAUCUGACUUUAAGGAAUUGGUAAAAUAUAUCAUUAAAUUAUAUUGUUAAAAACCUAAUGCUGUUUGUUGUAAUGUAAAAUAAAAUGACAACCCUUGGCGCAACGCAAGGGUAGGCAAUUGACUCGUCGGACUUAGUAAACCUAUUCUUAUUGUACUAUGGUAAUUCACUCUCAUCUAAGCUGGCUAAAAUUUAUUUAUAUUAAUUGAAUGAUAUAUCUGCUCCUUAUGCUAUAAUCUGCAAUACUGAGUGGUGAUUCCAAAGGUAUCCAGAUAGUGAUAGUAGCUGUAAGCAAUGACCGCUAUGCGAGUUGCGGGUGAUCAGAAUUGCCUCGAACUUUAGACAAUAAAGGAUGUUGAGAAG